CUAUCAUUCAGUUGCCGAUCGCGAGCGAAGCUGUUUUCGUUGAACGUGGGGAAGUGAACGCUACUUGAAUUUUUACAAAAUUAAUUUAAUUGUGAUAAUUAUUUAAAAAUGCAUUUCGGCAUCGUGGGCAGUGGUGUUGUGGGCUUGACAACAGCUUUGGAAUUACAGCGGCACUAUCCAAAUGCGGAUAUUACAAUUCUCGCUGAUCGUUUCAAUGAAGAUACAACCAGCGCUGUAGCGGCGGGCAUUUUUAGACCAGGCACCAGCUUUGCGGGACCAACCAGAGAGAUUACACAACAAUGGGUCACCGAUGCCUUUCACUACUGGGAUGAGAUUCGUCGCUCAAGCGACGCACCACUUGCUGGCGUUUGCGAACUCUCUGGUUACAUUUACUCUUCCACCUCACCGAAGAUUGUGCGGAAUCAUUUUAUCGAACAACUCCUGCCAGUUUAUCGUCAAGCCACCGAGGAAGAAUUGAAGCUGUGUCAAGGUGAUUGGAAAUACGGUUCAUUCUUCACAACAUGCCUGACCGAAUGUCGACUCUUUCUGCCUUAUGCUACUAAAAAAUUCAUUGCUGCCGGUGGUCAGGUCACGCGCCAACAUGUCAGCUCGUUUUCCGAUGUGGCAGAGCAAAACUUUGAUGUACUCUUCAAUUGCUCCGGCUUGGGUGCCAAAGAAUUGUGUAAUGAUCAACAACUUGUGCCACUGCGUGGACAAGUGUUAAAAGUGCGUGCACCCUGGGUCAAACUGGCCUUCUAUGGUGACUAUGAUACCUACAUUUUGCCCGGUUUCGAAACCGUUACACUGGGCGGUUGUCGUCAAUAUGAUAGUUAUAAUUUAAAUGUAUGCAAAUAUGAUUCUAUGGCUAUUAAGGAGCGUUGCUACAGCAUGUUGCCAAGCUUGAAGCGCGCCGAAGUUGUGCGGGAGUGUGUGGGACUACGACCACAUCGUGCUGUGGUGCGCGUCGAAAGCGAAUUCCUUCGUUUAGCUAACGGUCGUAUGCAAAAGAUAAUACACAACUACGGUCAUGGCGGUUAUGGUGUUACCACAUCGCCUGGUACAGCUAAGUAUGCUGUAAAAAUUGUACGUGAUCUCUUGGCUGGCAAUAGCAAAUUGUGAAAAAAUAUAAUUAAAUACAUACUUAUAUAAGUAUGUACAUACGAGUAUUUAUAAUUAAUAUACUGUAUUUUAUAACAAAAAUUAGUAAAAAUUGAAAUCGCAAAAUUAAUGGUUUUGGUAAUAGUAUGUAACCGUAAUAGUAGUGGCAAUCGUUGUGGUAAUGGUAAUAGUAAAGGUAGUGGUAAUGGUUAUGCUAAU